AUGUUCGGGAAUGGGUUUCACUUGGGAGGAAUUCCAAACAACCUUGGGGACAACCACCAACAACAAGCACAAUCGGCCUUCUCACCAUUCAUGGUGCCCGAAAAUCAGCUAAAAGCUUUUGUGAACUCAUAAUCGUUGUUCAGCCGGGGCUUGGAUCUCAAGAUAGAACCUCAACGCAGCCGACUAACACUGGAGGACUUUCGCUGAACUCCCAGCUCACAGUGGACACGGGACAAUCCACCGCGCCUGGGACUUCCGCUCAGCCUCCGCUAACGGAUACAGCUGUUCCUAAUGUUUAUUUUGCUUUUUUUUUUACGUUUUUCAGUGGAGAAGGAGUCUUAGAAGGUUUUGGCUAACAAAUAUUUACAGGUCCGCUGAAAAUUUUCCAAUCAUGUCAAAUCAUAUUUAAAGGAAAUGUUUUUCAGUGAACUAAAAGUUUUAGAAGCUUUACCUAACAAAAACGGUCAAAAUGCUUUUUAAUAUGAUUGGUUUUUUUUGGUUGGAAUAUAAGCGCUCUUAAGUAACAAAAAAACAUUUUCUCUGAAAUUAAAAAGUACUUCUGGUUUUGCUAUAGAAAAAUCCUGAAGCUUUUUUGACUUUUUUGGCUACAGCUUGAAGUGAAAAAUGACUGAUAAAACGCUGAAAAAAAUUGAAUCAAAGUCACUGAUAAGGCUGAAAUGUCUACGUUCCUUUGAGCGAGCAGUUCCAAUUUUUGUCGUUUGAUCUUUCAUUUUUGUUUUGGAAUGUUUAAAUUCAUUCCCUAGUACCUCAAACUUCUAGUUUGACGUUAAGAAAGAGUAAAGCAAAAACGAAAAAAUCAUAAAAAAAACUUUGAAAAAAUGAAAGGUUACAGUUCCAACGCAUGGGCUUCAAUGCACCGGCUCCACAGCACAGCAACAUGUACUCAGUCUUCAAAAAUUUCAACGGUAAUUAUUUGAAACCAAGUUCUUUUGAAAAUGAUGAUCAUUUAGUUCCUGAAGGGAACGCGCACGGCUCAGGCCAACUUUUGCCACCCAACGUCGCAGCUGGAACUGUCUUGGGAUCUGGCACUGUUUUGACCAAUCCUGUCUUGUGAGUUUUUUUCUGAACUGGGCAAAAAAUCCUAUUUCUGAAUGUUUUUUUUUUCUUAAUGUCAUUGUUAGAAAAGCUGAUAGCUUGAACUGAUGAAUGCAAAAGAUUCAGAUUCUCUGGUAAUUCAAAUUAGAAAUUGUAGAGCACAUGUAUCAUAAAUCAAUCAUCAAACUGAAACAGGAAAGCAAGAUAAAAUAAUAUUUUUUUCAGAGAAAUGCCUCGCAGAGCGGCGAUGAACUUCGACGUUCAAAGCAUCGUCCAGACACCGCAACCAAUCCGUCAACAUCCGCUUCACCUUCAAAACGCUCAUCUACCUCAUCCACCACCGUCUCAGUCCGUUCAGCCACAUCACAUGCAACGACAAACUGCAACUCCUGCUCCGGCCAAUCCCAACCAGAACCAGCUCAUGAACCUGUUUGCUCAUCUGUCGUCAGUUUUCUCUUUUUAUAGCCAAAUAAUCAAUCCGGCACUUAUCAUCUUCGGUAAACUAUAACUCAUUUUUUUUCCAGUCGCAACCAACAGCAGCAGAUCGGAAACAACGUGGCUCAAAUGGCUCUCCUGGAGCAGGCUAAAAAAGCGGAGCAACUGCAAAGAGCCCAGGCGGAAGCAGCUCAUGUUCAAGCUCAGGCCCUCAAAGCAGCCCAGGAAAGCGCAGCCUUGUCGAAUCAACGCCUGGCAAAUGAAGUUCACGCGGCUCGCAUGUUUCAAGCCCAGCAGGCCGCACAGAGACAGAACCUCAUGGAGCAACAGCAACGGGCCGCCGUCCAGCAGUCACUUCACGCUUCGCAUCAAGCUUUCGUGAGUGAAAAAAAUUAGAACUACAGAAUCAUUUCUUAUUUCAAAAAAAAUAUUGUAAUAUAAUUUUCUUUGAUGCAUUUUGGGUAAUAAUGAUUUUGCAGGAAAACAUGUACCUGAACCAAAUGCGGCACUUCAACCAGUCAGGAGCCCUUCAUUUGGCCCCGACGACUUCUGCUCAGAACACCCAACCGAAGGAGCAGUUCCAUCAUCCGCAACAGAUUCAUUAUGUAUGCAUUUUUCGAUUUCUUAUUAUUUUCACAAGCUACACAGUAGAGUAUAUUUCAAACUCAAACUUUUAAGACCUCUACAAGAGGACGACCUUCAACAAGAGGACGCGGUGGAGCUGGCAGAGCCAACAGUCACGUUCAUUCUCAUGCCCAGCACUCUCCUCACGUCAGUUUUCACAUUUUUUUUUCAAAUCAUCUGGAAAAUGUUGCAGAUUGUACAUCAUCAAAAUCGCAGCAUAAGUCACAUGCCGCCUCGUACUCCUCACCAACACGCACCUGUCAUUCGGGUAAUCGAACUUCGAAAAAACAAAACUUUCACAAAAACAUUUUCAGCCUUCUCCGGUCGUCGGCAUCAGCAUGCAUCAUCAAAUCGAACAGAUGCAGGCACAAGCUCGAGCUCAAGCGCAGGCGCAAGCUCAAGCACAAGCUCAGGCGCAAGCCCAGGCACAAGCUCAGGCACAGGCACAAGCUCAGGCACAGGCUCAAGCCCAGGCUCAAGCUCAAGCCCAAGCUCAAGCCCAGGCCCAAGCUCAGGCGCAAGCUCAAGCCGCUCGUGUCGACAACAACCGGGCACAAGCUCAUGCUCAUAUGCAAGCUCAAAUGCAGAACAUGCAGAACUUGUCGCCGGUUGAGCAGCAGAACUUUCAAAGAGGUCGGUUUUUUCAGCUUUUUUUUGGAAGAAGUAGUUCAAUCUGUCAUGGGUUUCAGUUUAAGUUCAUCAAAUGAAGAUCCUUAACGAUCAUUAAAAAGUUUAGUUUGAUCAAACUCCCAAAUUUGGCGUCUUGGCCAAAAAAAAAGACUGAAAAGGCGUAAAUGCAUAUGAACGAAAAAUAUCAAUUAAGGGUCAGUAAUCGUAGAAAAAGCUGGCUGCGGAUCGUCUAUAAAGUGUAGAAAAGUGGAGAUACUAGACGAAAACCUAAUCAACAUCACGCGCGGUCGAAUGCGAACGCCUUGCUGGUUCUUUAGAGCUUUUUUAGACCGUGAAUUUUCAGCUUUGCUGUCGAUGAUAGCUCAGCAGACGCCGAUUCCUGCACAUCUACAGCAACAAUUGACAACGCCAUCACCUCGUCCGAAUAUUCUCCGACGUAAUCGCAGCGACGGGACGCCUUCUACGGCUAAACGGCGUCUCAACAUAGACGAUCCGCAGCCCGUUCCGCAGCCUCUGCCUCCUCAUGAAUCGUCUGGAGUCAUUACAUCAGUUCCGUCGGAUUCUCAAGGCACUUCUAAGGUAAUUUUUUUGAUUUUUUUUGACCCUUACUCUGUAAAACUUCCACUUUUCAGGAUGAAACUCCAAGAAAGCGCAAUCGCAAGCAGACUUUCGAACAUGAAAACUUCCCAGAGCAACUUAAGGUAAAUGAUCAGAAGUUCCUGAUCACAUUGAUGUGUAUUUUUUUAGAUGGCCAUUAACGUGAAUCUGCCAGCUUGGAGACUUUCUGAUCACAAUAUGACGUAAGGAAAACCUCGGAAUAAUUUUAAAAAGCUACUUUUUUAGUGUGGCUGGUCCACCUGCACCACCGGACAAGAAGAAACGUGGCCGUCCAAGAUCCGACGUCGCACAGGCUCAUCUUCGCCAAAUGAUGAACCCUCGUCAGUUUUCUGAAUGAAGUCAAACCAAAAACAGGAUUUUCAGCUCUUGGCAUGCCGCAGAACCGCACUGCAAGCAUUUUUGUAAAUUUGGACAGCCCCGAAGAAGGAUCACUCAAACGUAUGGAUAUCAAUACAGCUGAAAAACCCGAAGCGAAAAAUUCAGCUUUACGGCCAGAAGACUACUUCUUGCCUUCCCAAAACCAAUUGAUCAGAAAACUGCCGAAAACGCCCAAGGUUAGAAAUCAUUUUUCGAGUUUUUAUCCAUUUUUGACUUUUUCAGACAGCAGCGACAAGAGGCCGUGGAAAGAAGACCCUGAGCAUGUUCCGACCUCAACCGUCUUAUAACAACAUCAUCGGAACUUUCAUGGGUUCCGCGACACAGUCAGGGCCUCUGAUCAUUGCUCCGGCUGCCGCGGUUCCAGCAGCAACUUCCUAUGAGCCAAGGAAGAUUUUCUCACCAGCUGAACCAAAACCAGCUGCGCCAAAGCCAGUCUUAUUAAAGCCGGUCGCACCAACUCCUGAAAGAAAGCCUUUGAUCACUACGUUGGCGGCAAGAAAGGCACCGGCCACUCCGGUUCCAACGCCGGUUGUCAGAAUCGCCACACCAAUUGCUCAGCCUGUUGUGAAAAUCGAGAGGCCUGAUUCGGUCAUAAUUGAAACUAGUGUCGUUAAAAGCAAAGAGGAAAGAGUUGAGACUCCUACGGUUAAAAGAACUUUGAGUCCACAGAAAAGUGCACAGAAAGGCCGACCUUCGGUUAUCGGCAUCAAGCUUAUUAAACCGGAAACGCCUGAUUAUGUGAUCCGGGACGUCAGCCGUUCGAACACCCCGCGAGGUGGUGUCAAGACGCCAAAGGAAUCAGCUCGGAAGAAGUCGCCACUCCCUCAUCAGAUGACUCUCAAGGAGUACGACGAGCAAGUUCAUCGCAGAUUCCGUGAAAUCUCUGGCACAAGCCCGCCCCCUACCUGUCGACGUGGUCAUGGAACUAUGCAGUCUGUGGCUAAACUGUUGGGCGACUCGAUGGUCUACACGAAGGCCUUCAAUAAACGCAAGGCCAAGAUAGAGAAAGCUCUCCAGAAAAAAAAGGAACGCGAGGAAAAAGAAAAGAAAGAGGAAGAGAAAAGGAAAGCUCUGGAAGAGAAGGAGAAACAGCGACAGGAACUCUUGCUCAAAAAGAAGAAGGAAAAGGAAGCAAAAGCUGCUGCAGAGAAGGUUUGUUGCGAAAAAAAACUAAUACUUGUAAGCGAAAACGAAAAUUAGCGGGCUUUUUUUUCAACAGUUUUUUUCUCACUUCAUUGAAGUUUCGAAUAAAACUUCAGGAGUUUUUUUGACUUUUAGGAACGAAUGGAAAGAGACCACCUGACCCCGAGAGAAAAGUUGGCUGUCGACGCUUUGACUGGCAUCGUUCAAGAAUCUCACAACUUCAUCAAACUGAGAAUCAGUCUGCUCUCAACCCGCAAGAAGAUUCGAUAUUUGGUAAUUUUUCUUCUUUGUCAGACUUAUCGAAGUUUUUUUUUUAGUUGAAGCGUAAUCAAAUCAUGAUGGCUCACAAAAAUACGCCCUAUGCUCCAGUGAGGAACGUUCGAGCUGUUGAUAACAACGUCUUCAGCACGCCGAAAUUGGUCAGGAAUAAUUCAAAUGCAGAAGUUAAUGAUAUUUUUUUCAGUUUGUUUUGGUUACUCGCAACCAGAAGCGCUAUCAGAAGCUCAAAAAGAAAUACAUCACAAAAAUGAGAUUCGUCGAGAGAGCGAAGGUAAUAUUUGAAAGUUUAAUAUUCAUAAAAGUACGUUCAAUUUCCAGGAAGCCAUCGAGAAAAACGAGAGAAUCUUCCGGAAGAAGUACCAGAACGAUUCUGCAGUUAAAGACUCGAGAUUUUCCACCAAAGACAAGAUGAAAUUCAUCAAAAUGUUGGCGCACCUUUUGAUGGAGCGUGAUCUCAAAAGGCAUCAAUAUAUGGUAAGAUUUAGAAAUUGGAAAGCUAUUAUAAAAUUCAUUUUUCACAGGCCAAAAAAGAAAAACGCGCAUUGAAGAGGAUCUCGCAGACACGUAGAUUUCCAGAGAAACCUCUAACAGCGGAAGAGAUUCGGAAACGUGAGGCUCGCUUGGAAAAGAACAAUGCCUUGAGAGUCAAAAAACCUCUGGUUAGUUUGUAAUGCUUAUUUUUUCUAUUUGAAAAUUUCCAGGCCACAACGUGCGACGUCAAAGAUUCAUUCAUCGUUGCAUCUCUUCUUGGAGAUUUAGUAGGAUUCGUUGCUUUGGAGGUCGAUGGAGCUGAUGCUUUGAAUGAAAUGGUGAGAAAAAAUUUCGAAGCGUUUAUUUAUUAUUGUUUUUUUUUCAGAAUUCAAGCGUCGUCGAUGGAAAAGACCGUCUUGAUGUAGAAGAGCUCGGAUUCGAAAAACUCAAGCUCGUCGAUGCCGAGUUGCCGGACCUCCUCCCAGAACCCGUUGCGAAGCAGCCGGAAGUUCCAGUUCCAGAUAACAUCAAAGAGGCGCCAGAAGUUCCUGUCCAGAAGAAGACGAAGAAAAAGUCGAAAAGUGGCCGGAAAAUCAACCUGCGUUUAUUGCUUAACGCUAUGGAUCGUGCUUCAAAGGAUGAACCUUCGGCGGCCUACAUUUCUUACUUUGUCAAAACGGGCAAAGAUCCAGCUCGAGUGAUGCCGGCGUACUUCCGGAAGCAUGGAAAAGAAGCUACUCCUCCGCCAGAAGAAGAAGUGAAAAAGGCAGAGCUCAAGACAAAAACGCCGGUCUUCAAAUCGAAGAAUUCCGGGCCCAAGAAAGACGCGACGAAGUCAAAGACGAAAGUUUCUCCAAAAGGCGGCUUCAAGGCCAAAGCAAAGAAAUCGACGGCAAAGAAGGUCCCGGCUGAGCUUGCUGCUCAAGAUCCACAAACGAUUGAAGCCGUCAAUUUCCUUCUCAGUCUUCGCGACAACAAGCCUCAAGUUUCUCGGAAAGAAAUGGUGAAAAAAUCGGAAGCUAAGAUGUUAGAGAACAUGAGAAAAGUGAACGCUGAAAUUCGGGAGGCCAAGAAAAUCAGAGAGGACAUGUGCCGAAAGGAGCAACUGGCUCGUGGUCACAUCGACAUUGCUCGCAGAAUCGACAUCCUGAGGGAUCCAGAAGUUGCUGGAAUACUUGUUAGCAAGUGAGUUCUAUCAAACAUUUUCCGAAAAACUUUUUUAUUUUUUCAGCCCCUUCUGUGCCGACAUGGAUCUGUACAAACUGAUUUUCGGCAAGGAAAAAGCAACAAAGUCGACCGAGCCGGUGUUGAACAAGCCUGAGGUGCCUCCAGUUGAGGAGACUGUGGCUCCGGAACCUGCUCCAGAACAACCUGCAGAUGCGACCUUGAAAACGAUGAAGAAGGAAGAGGUGGACAAGAAAAAACCGACAAAAGCUAAGCUGAGCAAAGUUAAAAAUGGCAAGAAGAAGCAGGUCACUUUGAAACAAGGCAAUCCGAAAAAGAUGAAAGUGAAGCGAGUUGAGAAGAAGAAGAAGGCGAUCGUUCCAAAACGAAUCGAAAGGAAGAGAAGGCCGCUCGAACUUGUUCUUGAUACUUCAAAGCUGAAAUCUGCACUGGAAACUCUCAAAGAUGAAACGCAACUCGCCGAAGCUUUGAAGACGAGCAGAAUCGGCAGCUUGGUGGACAAAUUGAUGAUUUUGGAACCGAAGAUAAAACGUCCCGAUAAGUUUCCAAAACGAAGCAGUAGCGUUCCAACCGUGUCUCGGAAUGAACAGCCCGGGCCUUCGACAUCCUCUCAGAGCGCUCCUGUCUCUCCAAGUGAAUCUACCACAAAAAUUAUCCGAGUGACUUCUGAAGUACAUGCGAUCCCCAAAUCACUCGCGAAGCAGCUGGGAAACUUGACCCGACACGCAAAAGUCGAAAACCUUUCUUUGGUAUCGGAGAACGAUGAAACAAACCACGCCCUCAAAAAGCUUCUCAUGUCCAUUAAAAAAGUACCAGAACCAGCCAUGAUGAAGCCAAAAGACGCGAUGGAGUUGGCACAGAGAAUUGCUAACGAAGGAGAAGAGGAGAAGGCAGUGAUUUCGAAGGUCGUCGAGCAAGUUGAAGGAACCCAAGACUCACCUUCUACGUCGCCUAUGUCGAUUGUGAAGAAAGCGUUUCCGGAGAAAAACCUGCAGCCCAAAAAGCAAAUUACCUUCAAGAAAAUGAAGAGGUUGACCAGCAAGAUCAUCCGCUUCAGAAAUGGGAAACUGCGUCGGAAUCGUUGCAGAGCUCUUAUCAGAGGCCCUCGUCGUGCCUUUAUGAGCGCUGCUGCCAUGAUGAAAAAGCUGAAGCUCGUUCAAAGGCAAACCAAGUUUGCUCUCCGACACGAGCCAAAUCCGAUUCGAAAGAACGCUAUUUUGAAAAAGAUGAAGCAGCUCAGAACACAGCGAGAUGGACUUCAGAACAAGAUCCGUAACCUGAAGAAGCAGCUGCUGAAGCGUCUGAAGCAAAUCGAGCGUCACAAUCAGAGAAGAACGGCUUUGGUGAAGGGAGUCUGGCCCAGUGGCAAGGAGGUCAACGUCAAGCGGAUGAAGCAGUUGGCUGAGAAGAGGGCCAAAAAAAGGGCUUUGCAGCGGAAGCUGAAGCGACUUCGGUCCCUUCGCAAGACCAAAGUCCUUCGUGGACGCCAAUGUCGCCAUCUCCCGUUAGUUUUCUGUUUGUCUACUAAUCUCCUUUUCAAAUUUCAGAGAGUUCUGUGCUCAGAUCGACAAACUCAACGGCUGGAUCAAGAACGCAAUGAUGACCGAGAAGAUCAUUCUGACGGCUUAUAAGAAGAUCCUGGAGAUCAGCGACCCGCUUGCAAUUCGGGAUUUGUGGUUGGACUCUCGCAGAAUGCGGGGUGAGUUUCUCCUUCAAUUUGAACUCCACAAAGGUCAAAAAAUCUCAAUUGAGAGCCGAUAUACGAAACAACUUUUCUUGAAAAGCUUCGUGGAGCAAGGUGAUGUUUUUUCAGAAGAUGGUAUGACGGACAAAGAAGUAGAACUCCUUGAGCAACAACUUCUGAGAAAGAAGAUUGCUCAACAUACUCCAGUUGUGGACACCCACCGACCCAAUUACAACGAAAUCGGUGGCGAGUUGGUCAACUGUGACCCAACUCCACAAGACGUCAACAACACUCUCAUGGUGACUUUGCCGUUUCAGCUUCAAUUUUUCAAACGGAAACAUUUUUAGGGACGUUCACCAUUUUUUAAAGGACCGCCCGUUUAUCACAAUCCUUCCGGUUCAUUCAUAAAUCGCUACGGUCGGCUUGUGGAAGCAAGGUGAAUUUUGAAAAAAAUCGUUUAAAUUCUCAAGCUCUGAAUUACAGAAAGACAGCCUACAAUGCCAAGAACGAAAAUACUGCGGAGAGCGUCAACAUGUACCUGGACAAACUGUUGGAAAAAGGACAGAGGGUGGAUCAUUUGGACCAGAAGUUGGUCGAGUACAACAAGCUGAAGCGUUACGACGCUUUCCGAGAGGCAUUUGUCAUCGCUCGCCAGCAUCAGCAAACUGAGGAUAGACAGAAGACGAGAGAGGCCAGGAAGAAGGCUCAGAGGUAAGAUAAUUUCCUGAAUUUCUUGUGAAAAAAAUCGAAUAAUGAUGAUUAUGUCUUUCAUUUCUUCAACUUAGAUUUUCAUCUUUAGAAAAAGGACAAAUGACGGAAAAUCGAGAGAAAAGUAUGAAAAAAUUUCUAAAGUAUCAACUAUUGAAUGAAAUCUCUAAUAACUCAAAUCACCUAUUCCGGAAUAUUUCUUGAGCCAAUGGCUCCAAAAACUUGAAUUCAUUUUCAGAAAAAAAAUCUUUCAUUUCUCAAAUAAAUUCUUACAGAGAGAAGGAGAAGCUGGCCAAAGGAAAGGAUCAAGAGGCCAAAAAGUUGCAAAAAUUGUGCACUGGUGCUCUUGAAGCUGGUUACUCGAAGGAGGAUAUCGACUCGUUGUUGGACAUGUGCGGCUCAUCUUUCAAGUAUCCCGGCAAACUGGUACAAAACGACCAAGAAGAGCAGAAAUCUCUGAGGUGCAAAACUUGAUCGAAAAUUUUCUUAUUUCAAUUUUUUUUAGCGUUGCCUCCGGCUCCAAAACGCCGCUGAAAAUCUUGGCUGAAGCUUCUGUCAGCAAAUCCGGAAAAAGGUGAACCUAAAUUAUUUUUUCAAAACCAUCAAACUUUGUAGAAAAGCAACGGAAGCUUCUGAAAACGAGCCUCCUGCUAAGAAACCGGCAAAACCAACAAAAACUCUUGUCACUCAAUUCCAACAGCUUGAAAGGUAAAACGAGAUGUUGAAUUUUUUUUAUUGAAAGAUUUUUAGCAGCAAAGCCUCUUCGAAUUCGGUGAAUGCAGGUGAUCAAGCUCCUGAAGCCAGUAUUCUUGUCGACAGUUGCCUUGAAUCGUUUGAUUGGGGUCUCAAGCCUCAGUAUGAGAAUGACAGAAUGUGGUAUGAUCCUUUCCGUAUUUUCAGAUUAUCAUUUCUCAUUUUAGCUUGACCUUGUACGGACCAGAAGCAUGUUUUCUGAGUUCUUUGUUGAAACCUUUCAACGGUCCCAGAACCCUCACCGAUGAGAUUACCGAGAUUGGCCAUUUCGUGAACUUCGCCAGCUUUUGCAGUAAGACCUCAAUAAUAUUUUUCAUUUUGAAAUGAUAAUAAUUUUUAGACGAAGACAAGCCUUGGUCCAAGAUGUUCCUAGACCAAUUGAGAGAGUGCGGCCGUUUCGUUCGGGAGCAGAUGGCUCGAAUUUUCUGCAACACGUACAAAUCCCUGUUCUACUUUGUUCGUGUCAGGUAAUAUCUUGCUGAAGUUGAAAUUUUUAAUUUUUUUUUUCUUUCUUAGGAGGGUAAUAUUGAAACAUCUCCGUCGGCGGAAGAAAAAUCCAAAGUUGGUCAGAAAGCUGAGAAGACCAGCCAAGGCGAAAAUCGUCAAUGAACCGCCCGUUAUCACUAUUCCCGAUGAGCCAAUGGAGGAUGAAGUGAUCACUAUCGAUCCUUCGCCAGAAGUUAUUGUCAUUGACGAUUCUGAUGCUCCGGUUGUCAUCGACCCCGAAGAGAAGCUUGCCGUUCAACCUGAUGAAGAAGACGCAGUUCAGCUCACGGAAAAAGUCCCAUUCCAAACUGUGGAAGACGUCGCCAUCCAGUCGGAAGAAAAAGAAUCCGCUCAACCGAGAGAGAAUGAUUCCGUUCAACCCGAAAACAAGGUCUCCGUCCAAGUCGAAGGCAAAGUCUCUGAUCAACCUGAACAAGAAGUCUCCGUACAAUCUGAAGAGCAGGUAGCCGUUCAAUCUGAGAAAGAGCGUGCCGUUCUCCUUGAGGAGCAGGCAGCCGUGCAACUUGAAAAAGUGGUCGCUGUAGUUGAGAAGCCGGUAGAAGAACAAAAAGUUGAAGAAGAACUCAAAGAAGAAAAAGAACCGGAGGUGCAACACGUGCAGAAGCCGCUGAUGGAAGCGGAGUCUGAGCCUGAGCCACCUCUCGAGCCAGUCACCAAAACAGUGUCUGAGGCAGUGCAAAAGCCGGUGCAAGAAGAACAACCAGCUCCAAUUUCUCAACCCGAGCCAGUGCAUGAGCCUGAAGUUGAAGUCAAACCGGAACCUACCUCAGUUCUUUUGGGAUCUUCUGAGCAGCCGAUCAUCAAAGAGGAGCCACUCGAUGAGCCGGAACCAGUUUGCGCUCCACCGCCACCAAAACGUGCUAAGAAGGUCAUGCCAUUUAUCAAUCUUGCCGCACUCGCUGCUCCGCCUCCGAUUCGUGCUGCUGCGGCUCGUGCUGUCUUGAAGCAAGCGCCGUUGCCUAGAGGUCGUCCUCCAACUAAGAAGACGCCGACGCCGCCCAAGAAAUCAAAGGCUAAGACUCCGCCCAAGGCCAAAGCUGCGCCAAAGACAAAAACGACUCCAAAGGCGACGCCAGCGUCUUCAAAAAAGGCUGUUUCUACUCCCAACCCGAAAAAGAAGGAUCCGUCACCGAAUAAUCGAUCUUCGGUAAGUCUUAAUCAGAACUAUUUUCAUAACUGAGUUUUUUUCAGCAUUCCCGAUGA